AUGUUGGAGAGACUUGCCCUCCCACUCGACAGAGUCGAUGAGCACAAAAGCGCCUUCAAAGGUUGUUGGGUUCAAAAAUCGGAGCUUGCUGAGCACAGGGCAGAAACUGGACACGAGAUUGAAUGGUCUCAAGCUUGUCGUUUUGCUGAUUAUAUGUUUGCGGCUAAACGAAAAAUUAGAGAAGCUAUUGAAAUAAACCGAAUAGGAAAUACCUUUAAUGUAAAGAAUACUGGUAAGAAGAUAACUAAAAACUAUUUGUGCUCCAAAAAGGAGGCGACGUAA